AUGUCGCUCGAAGACUCCUCCAAGUCCCGGUCGGACUACAUCGAAAAGACCGAAUUGGGGGAUCUGACCACUGAGGUGCCUGGAAGUAACCUUUCGGAGUCGCACAAGACAUACCUGCUGCAGCGACAUGGCACGUUGGAUCUCGAUCCAGUCCCUAGUAUGGACCCUGCGGAUCCGUACAAUUGGCCGCUCCUCAAGAAAAUCAUCAAUCUCCUCUUAGUCGCCUUCCACGCCUGUAUGGGCACUUUUACCGCGGCAGCCGUGAUCCCAGCCUACGAAGAAAUUGCCGAAGACGUGGGUGUCUCUCUGCAGCGAACAAGCUAUCUGACCUCUCUCCAAAUCGCUAUCCUAGGUGGUGCACCGCUAUUCUGGAAGCCGCUUUCCCAGCGUUACGGACGCCGUCCUAUUUUCCUCCUCUCGUUAAUCCUCAGCUGCGUCUGCAAUAUUGGCUGUGCCAAGAGCCCGGACUAUGCGUCCAUGGCGGCAUGUCGUGCCCUGGUGGCCUUCUUCAUCUCCCCGGCCAUGGCGAUCGGCAGUGCUGUUGUCACGGAGACAUUCUUCAAGCGCGAAAGAGCGCAAUACAUGGGUAUCUGGGCGGUGAUGGUGACCCUGGGAGUGCCUGUGGGGCCUCUCAUCUUUGGUUUCGUGGCUCAACGCGUGGGAUAUCAAUGGAUUUACUGGACUCUGGCGAUUACCAACGCCGUCCAAUUCAUCCUCUACAUCUUCUUCGGCCCCGAAACACGAUACAUCGGCACCGACAUGCACUCCUCCUCGGCCUUCAAGCAUCAAUAUCUCAGCAUUCGACGCAUCGACCCUACCCCCUUCAAACUCGCCGAGUUUUACCAUCCCCUCACUCUCAUCACUAACAUUCCCGUCCUCAUCGCCUCUGCCGCCUACGCCAUGGUCUUCCUCUUCGCGUCCGUCAUGAACUCUGUCGAGGUGCCCCAGCUGCUCCAGUCGAAAUUCGAGCUCAACGCCGAACAACUGGGUUUACAAUUCCUGGGUCUCAUCAUCGGUUCUCUGCUGGGUGAACAGCUGGGUGGUGUUCUGUCAGACACUUGGAUGAAUCUCCGCGCCAAACGAACCGGUCACAAGCCCGAGCCCGAGUACCGUCUCUGGCUCAGCUAUAUUGGCUACCUGUUGACUAUUGCGGGUGUGGUAGUGUUCUUAGUCUGCACGGAGAACGCACAGACUGGGAAAUGGAACGUCCGUCCGAUUAUUGGCACGGGGAUUGGCGCGUUCGGCAACCAGGUCGUCACUACGGUGUUGAUCACAUACGCGGUGGAUUCGUAUCCGGCCGAUUCGGGGAGCGUGGGUGUAUUCAUUAACUUUAUCCGGUCUACUUGGGGGUUCAUUGGGCCGUUCUGGUUCCCCGAUAUGUUCGAUACCGUGGGCAUCGCCAAGAGUUCCGGUGUCGUGACGGCGUUGCUGAUGGGCGUGAGCUUUAUCCCGACGGUGAUCUUGCAGUGGCGGGGGCAGAAAUGGAGGAAUACUUAG